GCCAUGUUGUCUCCAUAUCCCGCCUAUGUUACGGCACAGCCGAUGGGCCAUGCAAGCCUGCUCAUGUGCAUGCCCUCCCUGCACGUAGUGAAAGAAAACCAGAGGUGCCGAGCGCAGCAUGUAAACAAGCCCCAAGGCAAUUUGUGCCACUGCGAUUCUAUCACCCAGCUUCAACCAUCUCUAGAAUUGACCUACAGAAGCUGGCGAGGGAGAGGGCAUCGAGGUUGGCGCUCUGGCCACCGAGCGUCUGGGGUAAGCUUUUGACCGCCAGUUUGUCUGUUGGGUGCCCCGAUUAAAAAACCCUUCUUUCACAGCCCACCGCGCAACAGACGAGAGGGACAGUUCGGUUCAGGCAGGCGGUUAGUGGGUUUCACACUGCGCGGCCUCGAUGAGCCGGACUUUUCUUUGUUGGGCUUGGUGGUGAUUGGGGGCGCUAGGAGCUACAACUCUUAGCGCGGUUCCUUUCUUCAGGGGUGCGCCCCGCCCCCUCCCACUGUAACCAACAGAGCCUGAACGGAUUUGGGCGCUGGUGAAGAGAGAGAUGGGCAAGGAUUGGCCCACUGGUUGCCCCAAGCAAGUUCUGGCUGUCUGCAACCGCUGGUCCUCUAUGACCAUCUUUUUGUGGGAGUUGCUGUUGCCCGUCCUGAUUGGGGUUUAAUCGAGACCGAUAGUUGAGGCCUUUUGCUGCCGAAGGAUCUGUUUAAACAAGUAGAUAACCGUCGAAGAAAGUGACUGCGAACCGAAUUUGUCCGGUUACUGCCCGUAACUCAUGGAUCGAACGUGUUUCUGAAAUGCUGACUCUUUCACAGCACUAAAAGCUCUUAUCCGUGUCAGAUCUUCGUUUGCCCGGCCCUUUCCUCCCCGCGUGCCGCCGCCGCUUUUUUCUUCCUCUCCACCCGUGUGCGUGGCCACCAGCGACCGUUCGCCCGCCCCUCGGUGUUAUUUGUUAUCAAAUUUGAGCUAGGGCAUAUAGGCGAGUGCCAGGCAGUUUUUUUCGGGCAAGUGAGGAAAAAACGUGCUGGUCCUCUUGAACAUAUCAUUGUUCAUCUCGUAAACUACUCUUUUCAACUGAAAACCUUGUGCGACUAGAUUCCCGUCAGUCAAACUCAGUUCAACCAACAGAUCCCAACGUUAGCGGACGAGUUUCUCGGUACGUACUAGACACCCAAGCGUGCACAGCACCAAACCGAACAAUCCCAUCAAUCUUUCGCGUCCAGCGACGCAUUUGUUGUAUACAGCAGCAUAAUUGCUGCGCAGAGAAUCCCCAAUUGUCGCGCCCACUCAAGCGAAUGGUGGCUGCCAGGGCCUCAAUCAGGCUCCUUGCACGAGUAGGUCGCUGUGGCCUGGAGCCAAUGGGGGAUGGAGCCUAGGCCUCUGUUCUGAGCCCUUCCAACCACCGAACGAGCAUUCCCCCCUGUCCCCGAGACACACCCACGGACCAAUCCAUCUCUGGUCACCCCGCCUCAACAUCGUCCAUCUUUUCUGCAUCCUGAUUUUUCUCUCUUUCCAUCCUCCACACCCGCAGAGGCGCUUGCUGACCUUGCUUCCAUGCACACAGUCGAUUAGGCUUGCGUCAGUGGUGCCAAUUCUACUCCGCGUACUUGGAUUGCUCCUGUGCCUGAUUUGCCCAGCAUGGACUUCCGUUCCCAACAACCGCCGAGGACAGAAGCGCCGAUGUCGUCCUUGGUUUCGCCUCCUCGCAAUGGAGGUACUCGUAUGGGACAGCAGCAGCCUAUGCAUGAUAUCCGCUCCAACUUGCCCAGACGAUUCACCACCGAUUCCGGUCGUGUGCCAACCUUAUCAUCCUUGACUUCGCCUACGCGUGGCCCUGACUCCAUCACUGACUUUGGCAACAAUGCAAUGCACAAGGUGCAAUUGAUUGAGAAGAAGAAGAUGGAAUAUGAGAGGAUUCGCGAGCAGCGCCGCCGCUUUGAGCUGGAAAUGCAGAAGCUUGACCAGCAGCAGCGACGAGAGGCUCAAGAGCUCGCGCAGAUGGAAGAAGAAAUUGUGCGGCUCAAUGGCCACCAGUCCGAGCCCACGACUCCGCCCGAAUACCGAGACACAUCCUCUGGCUUUCCAUCCAUGUUUUCGCGACCAAACCGAUACUCAACUUCCAGCCUGACGUCCCCGCCUGGCCUCUUCAACAGACCUCAGCGAUCCGGCUCCCAGAUCACCUCCCCACCAUCUGGUCUGAUGCAGCAGCGAUACGGCUACGACGAGCCUCUCCCAUCUCGUUCGAUGCCGGGCACCCGCCGAAACAGCGAUGAUGAGAAGGAAGAUGCUGCUCGCAAAGAUUCCACCAGCCAGAGGAGCGUAAAUGCUAUGCACCGAUACUCGAUGCCCGCUACCAAGACCAGAGUCGGACCAUAUGAGUCCAACUUGGACCAGACCAACACUGCUCGAUUCCUUUUUGGCGAAGAUGAACCUAACGCAAUGCCUCAUCGUCAUACCCCCGACCACACUUUCCCGACUCUUGUGAGACGCGAUGACCAAAUUCUCUCUGCUUCUUCCGCUGCACUUGACCUUGCAUUAUCGCCAUCCCCCAAACCCGAAUUGCAAACCAGAUCUUGGGCCAGUGUUAACCGUCAUCGCCCACAGCAGAGCCUCUCAUCUCUAAACGGAUCAUCAUCAACUCAGUUUGGCGAUCUCAAUACCAUCGGCAGCCGACCCGCGUCCCUCCGCCACUCCCUCGACCUGAAGUACAUGUCCGAUACUGCCAACGAUUCUGGGCUCGUAUCACCAAAGGGAAGCCACGUCAUGACCACUCCUCCUAAGCUUCAGAGCUCGUUCUCUGCUAAUGAUGUAUCGACCACGAAGGCUGGCAACGGAGCUUCUAUGAUGAAUGCCAACAACCACGCCCAGCAGCAUUUCCACAACCAUAAUGCCAGCAUGGGACGUAUCCCCGCCAGCGCCUUCCCUCCUCGCCAUAGCCGUGAGCUUUCUGCUGAUACCUCCAGGGAGCAAAACGGAGCCUUUCCCUCGUUCCAAUCUGCUCUUCAGGGCAAUGCUGCUCCAUUUGGUCCUCCAAUGACGACUGCUCCUUUCACGUCGAGCAUUGGAGCUCCUCAGAUCCCCAACAAUGGCAUGAAUGCGUUCCAAAACUUUUAUCCUGGAGCCAACUACCAGGUUAUUGGUCCCAACGUAGCUGCACCUGUCAACCCGGCUAUGCUUCAGUCUAGCAUGCAGCAGCUGAACCUAAACGGAUUGGGCUCCUCCAACCAGUUUUCUAACCAAAACUUCAACAACUUUGGUGCGAUGCCUUUUAACCAGGGUAAUCAGCAGCGUGAUAGCCAAGCUCGCGUCAUCCAAAACCGUCGUCAAGUUGACAAUGAUGCUAUGAGCCGCUACCAGAACACGACUCUUGAAUCUGUGAGAACACAAAUCUAUCAAUUGUGCAAGGACCAGCACGGUUGUAGAUUUUUACAGAAGAAACUCGAAGAGGGCAAGCCUGAUCAGGUUCACAUGAUUUGGCAAGAGACGAACCCCCAUGUCGUCGAGCUUAUGACGGAUCCUUUUGGAAAUUAUUUGUGCCAGAAGCUUCUCGAAUACUGCAACGACGAUGAGCGCACUGUCUUGAUUCAGAACGCAUCGCAAGACAUGGUCCGUAUUGCUCUCAACCAGCAUGGCACCCGUGCUUUACAGAAGAUGAUUGAAUACGUCAGCACCCCCCAGCAGGUGUCUCUUAUCAUGGAAGCCUUGCGUUAUCGCGUUGUCGAGUUAAUCCAGGACCUCAAUGGCAACCACGUCAUCCAGAAAUGCCUGAACAAGCUCAGCUCCGUCGAUGCUCAGUUUAUCUUUGAUGCCGUUGGCAACCACUCUGUCGAGGUUGGCACCCACAAGCAUGGCUGCUGUGUCUUGCAGCGAUGCAUUGACCAUGCCUCUGGUGAUCAGAAGCGCUGGCUUGUGCAAAAGAUCACCCAGGAGGCACGCCGACUGGUGCAAGAUCCCUUUGGCAACUACGUCAUUCAGUACAUUAUUGACCUGAAUGAGCCAACCUUCACGGAACCUCUGGUUUCCAUGUUCCAGGGCUGCAUUGGGCACCUGUCUCGCCAGAAGUUUAGUUCCAAUGUCAUCGAGAAGUGCCUUCGCUGUGCCCAGGCCCCAUCAAAGGACUUGAUCGUUGAGGAAAUGCUUUCUCCCACAGAGAUUGAAAACCUUUUGCGUGACAACUAUGCAAACUACGUCAUCCAGACAGCUCUUGAAUUUGCUACCCCUCACCAGAAGUAUCGCCUUGUUGAAGCCAUCCGCCCUAUUCUUCCUCAGAUCCGAACCACUCCAUAUGGUCGACGUAUUCAGGCCAAGGUCUCUGCUUAUGAUAACCGAGGAAGCGCGUCGUCAAGUGGGCAGGUUACCCCGGCUGACAACACCCAAGGCCAGAUCCCCCUUCGUCCUGGACAUGCUCGUGGAGUGUCUAGCACUUCCUCCAUUGCACCAAUUGCGGCGCCCUCAGUCGCCCCUGCCGGCCUGAACAACCAGGUUAACCCUUCUGCCGUUGGAGGCUUUCAAGUCGGCCCUGGCUUGCCCGCCGCACCUGGAGCUCCUGGAGCUCCUGGAGCCAUUCAACAGCCGCCAUUUGGCCAACGUGUUGGCCCAAACACCGGCAACGGUGUGGAAUCAGAAGAGGCUCGAUGGCUCUGAUUUCAUAACUUUGUACAUUGCUGCCAUCUUGAAUACAUGUGUAUUAUAUUAUGCGCUGGUGGUUGCGUUCUGUUCGAGUUGCAGAAUGAGCACCGAUCAUCCGCAUACAAUUACGAUUUUUGGCAUGACCUUCACGAUAACUCAACCAUGUUUGAAUAUUUACAGCACGCAAGGCCGACUAGUCGGCGACGACAUGCGACAUUCAGAGAAACACAGUAUCUUGCAAGAUACUUUGUGUGUACAACUACAAAAAAAGAUUUCAUGACUACUUGGCCAAUGCAUAUUGAGUGUUCAGUCCUGCCAAGCUUUUGAAUUAUUCUUGCACACGCCAGUGCAUCAUUUGCAUGACAACCAUCGUUUUGUGUGCAAAGGUUUGUAAUCUAAGGAAGAUGAUGCUCAGGGCAUCCUAGGCUGUCAAUGGAGUGGUAGCAGCCUCCCAGGAAGCUUGCUCUGCUCUCUGGAGCCAAGAUUUUCGGAGGUAUGAGUUGAGAUUUCAGUUGCGUAUUUUUUGACUUUUUAAGUGUUUUAUUUUGUAUGAUUGCGUAAGAUAAGAAAGAUAAAAUGAAUUUGAAGAAAUGUACUUUCUAUAAUUGUGUGCUAGUAUCGUUGUAGUGGCAAGCAUGCAUCAUGUGCGUGGUCGGCCUGUUGAACAAAUUAGCCGCCACAUACGUCUACGCACUACAUCAGUCAGGAGUUAGGGUAUCCAUGGGCCCAUGUGUUUUUAUAAGAGACGUCAAUUCAUUGAAUGCUCUACGUCGUAUUUAAACUAGUCAUAACGAACUAUUUCAUUUUAUUUUUAAAAGAGGUUUCUCCACCUACACCACACUGCACAUUCGUCCUGCACACACCUGCAGAGAUGAGGGUAGUGAGGAGUAUAUGGAGUGAUGCAAAGUCGACCAAUGCCUCCAGCAUACAUCCCACAAGGCAAGCAAGCAGUAGUACAUCACAGACAGAAGCGAGCUCGCAAGGCCACCCACAACCACGCAGUGCCAAUCGAUAAGACUGGCGUUACGAGCCUGUGAGCGAACCAAGAUUGGGUUAAACCCUUUACCUGUAGCGCCACAGGGAGAGGGUGUUGUGGCGCUUCCAGGUCUUUCUGCGGCCAGCAGUGGUCUUGUUGUAGCGGUGACCCUUGUUGAGACCACGGGAGCGCUUGCCGGUGGAGGUAAGGCCACGAGCCUCGCGGUGCUUGUGGACGGGGUUGACGAUCCAGUUGAUGCGGGGGUCGAUGCGGAUGGCCUUGUGCUGGGGGUCGACAAGGAUGACCUCGAAGUACUUGUAGGUAGAGUCCUGGUUGAUCCAGUAGGAGUUGAGGACGCGCAAGUUGGCGCAGCGGCGGCCGACACGCUCCUCGGCGGUGGCGCGGAGGGAGCGCUGGUACUUGAGCUGGUUGAUACCCUGGUUGGUGGGCUUGCCGUAGGUGGCACCCUUGCGAGCAGGCUUCUUGCGGCCACCACGGCGGACACGGACGCGGUAGACGACGUAGCCCUGCUUGGCCUUGUAGCCAAGGCGGCGGGCCUUGUCGGGGCGGGAGGGACGGCUGGCACGGUGGAUGACGUUCAG